CUUUCAAUCUCGUUACCUCAUUCAUCUCGCUUUCUAUCUCGUUAUGGCUAGCGACAUCCAACACAGACCCGUGUACGGCUCAACCACCGUGCCUCGCAGCACCAACAUUAACAAUCCAGUCGCAUCCUUUCUCCGUCAGCUACAAUCAAAAGCUCGUAAUCACUCUGGCCAGCUUUUCGGCCUUCUUGCAUUCUUCAUCUCCGGUGGAAUACUCCUCUUACUCACUGGAAUCACCGUCACAGCUUUCGUCCUUGGAUUCAUCGCUUUCCUUCCAAUCAUCAUCAUCUCAAGCCCUAUAUGGAUCCCUUUGUUCCUCCUUGUAACCGGCUUCUUGUCCCUCGCUGGAAUGGUAUUCGGUACGGCGGCUUUGAUCUCGUGGACGUAUAGGUAUUUUAAAGGCAUGCACCCUGUCGGGUCGGAUCAAGUGGAUUAUGCUCGGAGUCGGAUAUUUGACACGGCUGCUCAUGUCAAAGACUAUGCUGGUGGAUACUUCCAUGGCAAGCAGAAAGAUGCAGCACCUGGUGCAUGAAAAGCUU